AGCAUGGGUUGUUCCUAGCAGCAGUUCCGAUUUGGUUUAGUGCGCAUUUUAUAUUCGACAACUCGCGGAAACGCUGUGUAAAAAUAGUUUCAAUGUGACGAAAGAAUUUCCAUUAUUCUGAUCUGAGUGUAGGUUUCCCCAAAAGAAGCGUGACACCAUUGACAACACGAAGCAGUCGUAGCAUUUCCACCUAUUUUCCGCGCUUGCUACGCUUAGGGAAAUUUUACCUGUUUCUUCGGGUACUUUGGUUAUUGACAGAAGAUAAAGUCCUGCUGCAACUAGGAGUGAUUUAUUAUACAAAACCUGCUGAAAAAAGGACAUAAUGGCCCUUACGUCGGACAACUGCCGAACGAAGAAGUCCCCGUCGAAACAUGAAACGAGCUGGUACGAGGUGACGGUAAAGGAAGAGCAAAAGCUAAUAGAAGAAGAGCUGCGGCAGGCGGCAGCGGAGGACGAAACGUCAUCGGAGCGCACAGUUCCCGCCGUCGCCGUGCGCACAGAUCUGUGGGAGCAACAGAGUGAAAUGUCCCGGCGACAGAUCGAGAUCGAUAUUCUUGAUUCAAAAAAUGUGAAAAAGUAUGAGAAACUGGUGAAAAGUGAAAAGAUUAAAUCACCGUUCAAACGGCGCCUAUCGGAUGAGAACUGGAGCAGCGACGAUGAGUCAGGCGCUAGCGCCAAGGGAAACGGUCGUGGCACACCAGGGUUCGACCCGGAUCGCGACGACGACGACGAUCGACAUAUGUAUUGGAAGAAGAGCAAAAAGGAUGAGUACGAUCGCGGCAGCACUCGAUGGCGACGGGAAAGCUCUAGUUCUGGAGCGUCCAGCCAGAACAGCGGCCGCCGGAUGAUAGAGUUCGAAACGGAUGAAGCCGUCCUGUCGCGACGCCAGAAGCAAAUCGAUUACGGCAAGAACACGCUCGGUUACACAAACUACAUCGAGAAAAUUCCCCGCCAUGAACGCACCAAAGAUCACCCGAAGACACCUCAAAAGCAUAUGAAAUAUAGCCGACGUGCCUGGGACGGUGUGAUAAAGGUUUGGCGUAAACAACUUCACGUUUUCGAUCCAAGUAGCAAGUGA